AUGCGUGGGUUUGUGCUGUUAUGUCUUGUCUUGGUUGUCGUCGAUGCAAGCGGCGACAAGCAGGCGGAAAUAAUCCGUAAAAUAACUCUUGUGGCUAAAGACUCUGGUUUCGAAUACGACGAAAACUUGGUUGGAGCAUUUACAGUACGGCUUAUGGAAAUGGUAAGUUGUAGAGUUUGAGAGUUAAAGAAGAUUUGUUAAAAGGAGAAACUUUGCCUUCCGUUAAAGGUUCAGUGUGGCUAGCUUAUAAAGGGCCUGGACAACGAGAAACAAAAAUUUUUUUGUAUGUCCGGCCGAAAGAACAAAAUUGGCAAAAUUGCGAACAGUAAGAUAUAAAGGUGGUCAUAUAAGAUCUCGGAAUUUUUUUUUCCCAAAUCGCAAUUUUCGGUGCACAAAAAAGUCGACGCCCAAAUCGAAAAAUUGGCGUCAACGUAAUUUUUUCAGCACCGGAUUCCGAAAUGCGUGCUGACUUAAGCACUGAAGUCUUCGGAGCAGACUUUGUUCACUGAUUUCGAAAAACUUAGAAAAAUUUACCGAAUUUCAGAAUUCGGUGCCGAGAAAAAAAUAAGCCGACGCCAAUUUUUCGUUUUGGGCGUCGACUUUUUUGUGCACUGAAAAUCGCGAUUUGGGGAAAAAAAGUUCCGAGAUCUUACAUAUAUAUGACCACCUUUAUAUGUAAUCAUUAGAAAGCAUGCAAAUAUAAUGCUGGCUUUUUUUCGUCGUUAUUACAAUACUAGUCCGUUCGUCAAGCGCCGGAGUGAUUUCGGUGACGCACUGUGCGAAAAAAUGCAGGGUGCAUGCGACAGCCCGAAAGGCUACGGCGCAAAAAGUACGAAAUUGCAUAGGGCGAAGAAAACUUUUGCUAUCACUCCAGCGACUUUUCGAACGGACUAGUAUUUACAACAGUAGACGAAAACACAUUUGUUGACAUUUCGUUUUGAAUAAAUUUUUUUGGACGUUUUGUUUCUCAAUCUGUCAAAUACGCGGUUCAAAAGUACCUCUUUAAACAAGCAAUUCGUGCCAUUAGCUUAGCGCAUGUCACUGACACUGUCAAUAGUGGUGUUCUUUGGUUAAAACUAAGCAAAAGUUUUUCUUAUUGUCAACAAUCCCGCUAAGCCCCUUCUUUCAGCUGAACACUAUUUCGGACAGAGAAAGAAUGAACAUUUCAGCGGAUAUCAGCGAGCAGGACAACAACGUUCUCAGCAUCAAAGACAACGAUCCUAGAGGCCCGGAAUUCGACAAAGUUGUCAGAAAAGCAAAACAGAUACGUGAUAAUCUGAUUCCCGUAGCCACUCGCGUUGAAAACUGUAAUCUUCGGAUAUGCUACCAAUAUCUGAAGACCAUGGCAAAGGUUCGUUUUGUUCAAAAUACGGCUAUUCCCGUUGUGCACUAA